AUGGCUGGAGACAAUCGUGACGAGUAUGACGAUGACGACGUUCCUUUCACCAAGGCAGAGCUUGACCUUUCGAUGGACAACGUAAUUGUGGUGGAUAACCUCCCUGUUGUGCCUCCAGAGAAGGUGGAGAAGCUUGCUGGUAUCUUGUUGAAGCUUUACUCCAAGAUCGGAGCGAUCGUAGAGGAUGGCGAUUACAACGGGCUUCACAUGCCCAUGGAUGACGAGAAGGGAAUGAGCAAAGGAUUUGCUUUCAUUGAGUUUGUGGACAAAAAGUCUGCCGUCAUGGCGGUUGAGCAGACUGACGGGCACAAGCUUGACAAGAACCAUGUGUUUAGUGUGUGCCGGUUCCCGGAGUUCCAUCGCAUCGUGAAUGUCCCCGACCAAUAUGAGGCGCCUCAGCCACCACAAUACAAGGAGAGAGGAAAUCUCCGCGAGUGGCUGCUCGAUCCAAAGGCAAGAGAUCAGUACGUUAUCCGUUACACCGACGAAUCUGAGAUUUAUUGGAACGACACCGUCGAUGUCAAAGAAUCUGACAGGCUUGUGUUUUCUCGCAAGAAAUGGACAGACACAGGGCAUCAGUGGUCCCCACAUGGCACCUACGUCGUUACCUUCCAUCGCCCUGGUCUUCGUCUUUGGGGAGGCCAAAACUUCGAAGCAGCUGGACGUUUCAUGCACAACAAUGUGAAGUUGGUAGACUUCUCUCCCUGCGAGACCUACCUCGUCACAGUCACUUGGGCUGACCGUGCAAGCGACAAGGAAGAAGAAAAUGCGAUCAUAAUAUGGGACGUUCGAACAGGAGAGAAGAAAAGAGGCUUCAAGAACGAUGGAGCAAAGGACAAACCUGUUGAGCCUUUCAAGUGGUCGCAUGAUGGCAAGUAUUUUGCGAAGAUUGCAGAUGAGAGUAUUCAGGUCUAUUCUACCGAAGACUUUAAGCUGCUAGAUAAGAAAUCAUUCAAGCUUCCAGGUGUAAAAGAGUUUCAUUGGUCGCCGAGCCAGAAUAUUAUGGCCGCCUUUGUUCCUGGAUCUGGUGAUGGCCAGACGCCAGCCAGAGUUGUUCCCUCCCGCAAAGAGCUCCGCCAGAAAAAUCUGUUCAGUGUUAGUGACAUCCAGAUGCAUUGGCAUCCUGAUGGCACCUACCUGUGUGUCAAAGUUGACAGGCAGAAGUCGAAGAAGACGACGACUUACAGCUUUGAGCUCUUCCGCAUCAAGGAGAGAGAUAUCCCUAUUGAAGUGCUCGAGAUCAAGGACAGUGUCGUUGCCUUCGCCUGGGAGCCUAAGGGCCACCGAUUUUGCUUGGUCCAUGGCGAGCAGCCUCGGCCUGACAUCAGCUUCUACACGAUGCUUAAGGAGGGGAAGGCUGCGGUGAGUUUGCUGAAGACGCUGGAGAAGAAGCCAGUGAACGAGCUCUUCUGGUCGCCCAUGGGACAUCACAUCGUGCUCGCGGGGCUCAAGAACCUCAAUGGCAUGCUCAACUUCUACAACGUGGAUGAGAUGGAGUCCAUGAACGAGGACGAGCACUUCCUCUGCACUGAUCUCGUGUGGGACCCCACUGGCCGCUACGUAUGCACCUAUGUCUCUGCCUUCCGCCAGCCCAUGGAGAACGGCUAUACCAUAUGGAAUUUCGCAGGUCGACCUCAGCUGCGCACAGCCAAGGACAAGUUCUUUCAGUUCCUGUGGAGACCUCGACCUCCUUCGCUGCUCACGGCGAAGCAGGAGAAAGAGAUUCGCAAGCAGCUGGCUGAAUAUUCGCAGAGGUACACGGAAGAGGAUCGCAAAGCCAAAGAGCUCGCGGAGACAGCCCAUUUGCGUGAGCGAGAAGCGAAGAGAAAGACGUUCGAGGAAGGAGAAGCGAUCCGCAAGCAGCUCUAUAUGCAAUGGCAGGAGGAGCGACGGGAGUUGCGUGGAUGCUUGACAGACGACGAGGACUUGUAUGAGUUUGUUGAGGAGACGUUUGAGGAAGUGCUGGAGGUGAAGGAGGAGAGAAUUUGA